GGGCUAGACCCUCCCAUGACACAAAACACCAUUCAGCAGCAUGUCAACGCACUCUCAUUUUGAUAAGAAGAAUAAACAGUGAAAGGAAUCGGACAAUCUAUUUCCUGGACAUAUAGAUUCGGGGCAUCUGUUAGCCCCACUCUGAAGUGAACUGCUUAUCCAAACUGUUGAUUUUAUUAUAACCAAAUAUAGAAAUGGGAAGAAUACAUAUCUGCGUAAGACGGGCGUUCAUUUUCGUCUGUGUCUUGAUCGGGAUCAUCAGCACCCUCCUGCUGGCCAUCACAUUAUUUGGACAUGGGCACUUCCACCAAUCAGAAGAAAUAGAGAUUCUGCCAGGGAUAGCAAUUCUGUAUGUCAUAGAAGCAGCAACCCUUGUCCUGUCAAUCUUGGGGGUCUAUGGUGCACGCAAGGAGAAGAAAUGGACUGUGGUUCUGUUUUCUGUAGGUAUGUCACUGGCCAGCCUAUACCUGUUUGUGGAGUGCGUGAAUGGAUAUCAAAGCAAACACGAGCUGGAGGAGUUAACCAGAGAGGAACAUCUAGCUAUGAUGCCUCUGAGUGGAGCGAAUCAAACUGAUUUAGAAGGGCUAUACAACAUGCAGACUAACUUCAAAUGCUGUGGGCUCGUACAAGGCUACCAAGACUGGGGCACAGACAUCCCCCUCUCCUGUCUCUGUUCUGAUGAGGACUCAACACACUUUAAAUGUGUUGCUCCUGGUAACAAUACAAGAUCUGUUAUUCACUAUCCCAACAGUGAUAUGUCUGAGGAUGAUGACCACAAGGCUCUAAUGGAUGAACACAUGCUGGUUUAUAAAGAGCCAUGUCUUCCCAUCCUGAUCUCUUUCAUGGGCUAUGCAAUCAGCCUGAUGAUAGGAACAUUAGUUGCACUUAACGCAUUAUGGGAUAUUGGAGUUGCCCUGGCCAUCACAAUACUCUGCCAGAUGAGAAGAAAGUUUGAUGUGCCACCUGUGAUCUUCACCUCUCAACCACCUCAGUACAGAGAGCUGUGUGACACAGCAGAGAGUGUCUGAAAUGAAAUGGUCCUCUAAUGAAGGAUACUCAAUGCACUAGUCUGAGUGCCAGUCUGUUUGUGCCAUCAUGACAACUCCUGUCACUCAUUUGUGUCAAGCCAAACAUGACAAUGGGUGACAAAGAGUUGGCUUGGCAAUGACAUGGAUUUAACAUGGGCAAGACCACAAACAGAUCUGGGAUCAGGUUAGCAAUGCACUCAUAUUAUGUACAUACUCAUAACACACUUGGAAGGACAACUAGGGACAUUGUUAGACAUCUCUGUUGUGUUGUCCAAAGUAUUACUGUUUAACUCUGGGUCUUCCUUUCCUGUGGCGGUCCUCAUGAGAGCCAGUUUCAUCAUAGCGCUUGUUGGUUUUUGAGACUGCACUUGAAGAA